AUCACCAUGGGCAAUGAGAGCAGCACCUCCGACAACCAGCAAGAGGACCCUGGCUUGCACAACGUCGUCCUGUGGCCUCCAAACCCUGGGUCUCCGCAGAGGACUUCGUCAGCUCAGAGUCCGGGAUCCCUGCCAUCACCUGGGAACAGUCAGAAUACAAAAAAGAAGCCAGACAAGGCCGGGAGCACUGACCGUGGCGACUUGGCCAGCGUUGGGCCUGGAGGCUCCUGCUUGUCUUCUGAGGGUGCUGCCAGCUUGGAUCCGUGCAUCGUGUCCCCAGAGGUGACUGAGCCAAAGAAGCUCCCACAUAAAGCCAGGGGUCCAGAAGGUUCUCCACUGCCCAGCCCACCAGCGUCCUGGGAACAAGAGUACCCCUCGGUCUCCAUGCCCUUUGCCGAGGGGCCCCUGGAAACUUGCAUGGCAAGCCCAGCAACAGCACCUGAAGACUGGCCCUUCACCCAGCCCAUCGCUCAGCACCCCAGGAAGGAACCUUCUCCAAAUGCCCCAGGGGACUCCCUGGCAGUGUCUGCCCCUUGGGGGGACAGUUCUACUCAGAACAGUGUGGUUUCCAUCGUACCCAGUUCUGAAAGAGGGGAAGACCUGAAAGACGGGGGACAAAACUCCACAUCCUCCAGUUCCACGAAUCAGAUACCAGGAACUUCACCAGCACCUCCCAAAGAGCCAGUGAAAGGACAGCUGUGUGGAGAGGAUGGCCGGCCUGGUGGUUUCGAGCCCCAGGACAAAGAAGCUGCAGGUGGCUUCCCCCUGCCAGAGUCCGGGCAGACGGCAGCUUCUGUACAAGUGGCCCCAAGGAGCCCUCCUGCAACCCAGUCAGGCAAGGAGAGGUCAGCUGGCCUGGAGGAGUGCCCCCCAAAGCCCAAGACCCCGACCCCACAAGAUCCAGCCCCCAGAGCCUCAGACAGAAGAAACUGCCAAGUAGAGUUGCCGCUUCAGGAUUUAGCUGCUGACUUGGGGUUCCUUGGGGCCUGCCAUCCCACGGGGAGCAGCUCAGGGCCUCCCCCGGAAGCUGAGACAAUUGCCACUUCCCGGGAAAGCUGCCAGCAGCAAAUGGGGGCUCAACUGCCCUGGGAUUCGUUGUAUCCCGCCCUGGCGCCAGGGGCCGGGGGCUCUUGGACGGAGACUCCAGAUGCCAGUGCUGCUCAGUGUCACUCACAGACAGGGACACGGGAAACUGAGCCCAGUAAAGCUGUCUGCGUGGCAGCGGGCCGCCAGUCUGAAGGGGCUCUGCUUGUGAGCACUGAGGAAGCACGCCCAGCUGCAAGCCUCACUUCACAGACAGCUGCUCGGGCUUCUGUUGCUGCGGAAGAAACCAGCUGGCUGACCAGGGAGAUGGUUUCAGGGGCUGAGAUGCCCAUUCUUACGGAUCUGGCCAAAGAGCUGGCAGAUGCAGGGUUGGCGGGACAGGAAAAGCAUACAUCAGAUCUUGGAGGUGAAGGAGAGGGUCCAGAAGGGAGCCCUGGAGAUGUUCCUGCCUGUUCACUCCAGGAGGAGAGAGGAGAGCUCUGGAACAGGGAGCAAAGCCUCAGAGUCCAACAAGAAGUGCCGCCCCCUCCUCCUCCUAGAGCAUCAGAGGAAAGUUCCAGAAGGUUACCGGGGCCAGAGGAUGAACCCAAGACACCUGACAGCCCAGCUGUGGCUAAGGAGCAAAGCACACUACCUGGGGCUGACCCUACACAGCAGGAAGAAGCCCUAGAAUCACCUGAUGGUGUAGAUCCUGGGAACCAGAGGGGAGAGCAACCUCAGGCCUUCAGCUGCAAGACCAACCCAGAGAUGGAGAAAGACGAGGUUUCAAAGCUAACCAGCGACGUGGGAAGCACGUCCUCAGCUCAGCCCCUCAGAAAGGAGGAACCUGGGCAUGCAGACAGGCCCAGCUCUUCAUCAGAAGCUGCAGGUCGCAGCUCAGUGGCCUGUGGGAUGCUGGGAGAAGCCCAUGUGGUCCAUGAGUCUGGCUCAGUGCACAAGCCCCAUGAGCAGGAUUCUGUCCCACCCUCUGGGCCAGAUGGAGCCAGUGAACACGUUAUUCCUGAAGGAGCUGCCUGGGAGGGGCCGGGAUUACAGCCCAAAUGUCCUGACACCCUUCAGGACGUGGGGGGACUGGGAAGAAUGGACUCUCUUCCUGCUUUAGAAUCUGAGAAAUCAGACUUCCUGUCAACUCCUGCUGCAGAGGUCGUCCCCAAAGCUCAGGAGGUGGAAAGCUCAUCUGACAUACAGACGAGGAGCCUUCCGUCCGUGCAGGGGCCCGGCAGCUGUGAAGGGGAGGGCUUGCUAACAUCCCUCCAACACCCUGGGCCGGAGCGUGAUGCAGCUGGACAGGAAGUCCAAGCUGAGGGGCCACAUCCACCCGAUGGGGAGAGUUUAGCAGUGGACUGUGGGCUGACGAUGCUCAGCCAGGAGCAAGAUCAGCAGGGAAACCCGUCCUGCCCAGGAAACAGCUGGAUACAAAGAACUGCACCCGAGGGCCCUGCAAAAUCUUCUGAGAGCCAUCUGCAACCAUCCCUGUCGGACCCAGGAGCAUCUGUCUUUGAUACGCUUGGGGAGAAGGCCCAACCUUGUGAAAAGGAGAAAGGCACUUCUCCAGGUGAUCCAGGUUUUAAGAACCCAGGUGCAGAUUCUCCCCAAAUCCACGUGAAACCUCCUGUGAAACCUCAGGAGGAUAUGAGCUUGCCCACUCCCGAAAGAGAGGAGCAGGCUUCUGGAUCAGAACUUCUAAGUGAGCUCCUCAAAGGCAGCCUGUCUGAUGCUCCAAGUUCAGCUCCCAGGGACGCAGAUCUGGAGAGUCCUGUGACCGAGCAGUCGGAGCUGUCAGCACGAGGGGAGAAUGGGCCAGAGGGAGCCUGCCCUGGCAGUCAGUCCCCCAAGGUCUCGCCUUCUGCAGCAGACACCUUACAAGACUCCUCUGUCGCAGGUGGCUUGAGCAGAAAGGAAAGUUGCUGUGCUGGGCAGAGGCUGAGCAAGUCCCAACAGGAGCUGGCUGCUGGGCCAAAAGGCAGUCGUCAGCAUGAAGAAGCCUGUCGUGGGGAUGCAGGAGUUUCUGAAGCAGCUGACGCUCGCCCCCCACUUGAGGGCUUGCGUAAGACAGAGAAGGCAAGUGGGAACACAGUGGGGGCCCCACCUUGUUGGCCUGACUCAGUACCACUCCUGGAUGCAGCUCACCGCCUGCCAGCCCCAGCGCCUGCCAGCCCCAGCGUCACACCCACUCAGGAUGCUCCAGAGAGAGAGGCAUGUGAUGAAACCCCGGAAGGCAGGCACCGACCAGUGCCGGCCCCGCAGAAGGAAAUGGAGUGCCGCAACGCCUUGGAUGCAGAGGCCCAAAAGCUUCUUGGAAGUUUCCCAUCAGCCAAGGAGCGAGGUGUAGAACGUGGGGCCACUGAGACUGGUGGGGGUGCUGAUGAAGGAGACCUGGGGAUGCAUCGGGCUCCAGAGGCGCCAGGAGAAGCUGCUCUGAGUGAUGGCUUGCUUCAGACUGAGCACGGCCCCUCUCCUGGGGAACAAGCUUCUACCUCUGCCCCAGGUGAGCCUGGCCAAGCCAACCAGCCCUCAGCCAGCUCCCAGGAUACCUUGCUGCCAGCGGGAGAACUAGGUGGGAUUCGAAGGAACACAGUGGAUAUGCCUGCAGCCCAGGCUGUCCCUGACCCAAAGAGGCUCCUGCCAUCUGGGCCACCAGAAGAGGUUGUUCCUGACACUCCUUACCUGCAUAUUGAUGGUGCUGCCAGGAAAGGGGCAGAAAAUUGUGGAGUGGAAGUGAUUUCCUCUCAAGGUCCCAGAGGUCCUGGUGAAAGCCCUUGUCCCAUAGGGAAAACGCCGCCUCCAGGAAGCUCUGCUGGCCCCCUUGCCUCCCUCUCUGAGCCAGGAGCUGCAGGUGGGGAAAUCUCUGUGGGGCGAGCCAGCAGCGGAAGCCCCAAAGCCGGGCCCUUUGAGGGACCUGUGGACUCUGUGCCCUACCUGGACAGGAUGCCGCUUCUGGCCGAUGGUAAGGAGAUGACAGAAGAGAAGAAAGCGACAAGUGAUUCUGGCGCAGGCACCCACCCCUGUGAGCUUCCUGCGUGCCCUGCCAGUAAGGAGGGCAUGGUAGGGGAGGCAGCAGGCGGGGAGAGGAUGGUAGAACCUUCCCAGGAUCUGAGGAAGGGCGCAUCACGUGUUGUGGACACAAGCUCCAAGCAGACCAGCAUGACUGCCGGGCUCCCUAACUUCAGGGAGCACAUCACCAAGAUCUUUGAAAAGUCUGUGCUUGGAGCCCUGACCACGGAUCGGCCUCAGCGUGCAUCGGGAGAAAAGGCAGGAGCUGGGAGGAGUGUGGCAGGCAAGGACCUGACCGUGUCGUUAAGCCCAGAGAAGCUUCCGGAUGGAGUGGCUGUAGCCCCUCUCCCUGCUCCUCCUGUUGGACUCUGGGUAAACUCAAAGGAGAAAAGGCAUGAGUUGGCUUUAGAGGCUGACGUUUCCCAUCUAGUUCCCCAGGACCCAGCUCCAGAAAAGCUGCCAGGGCUGGUGGGGCUGCCCGCAGAGCAGAACCUGCCAGGUUGCAAUGUGGGGAAGGAAAUAACUGGUGUCCCACAGAUGCCGAAGGAAAACGAGAAGCCAGAGGGGGCCGGAGAAGCUGAUCUGGGGCUUGGAGGCCAGGCCCACUCCCAACGGAGAAGCAGCUGGCAGGAAUCAGCUUUAGGUCCUUCUUCACAGGCUGCUUCUCCAGGGACUCUGGUGGAGAAAGCUGCUGACUUUCAGGUGGCUCCCCAGAGCCACAGGGAAGGGGACUUGGUUCAAGAGGAUAGAAUUCCUUCUGGAAAACAGCACCAGGAAACAUCCACCAGCAACAGUCAACCCAGAGAAGAUGAAGCCCGGGGCUUUGCUCACACAGGGGCUCCAGGUGACGUCCCACUGUCCAUCUCUGCUCGGGGACCAUCUUCUCCCCAUGGGGAUGUUCCGAUUGUGGCUGAGGCUGUCAGUGAGCCCUGGACCCCUGACACACUUGCGGGUGAGAAGAGGCGUGGAGGUACUGCUGGGAUCUCGGAAACACAAAAUGCCCAGGGCAACCAGAGUACCCCUGAGCCAGCAGCUGGAGAAGUGACAGACAUUCCUCUGGAGCCCAGCGUGGUGGCAGGAACUGCUGGGAAAGCAGAGGGUGACGUCACUUUGAGCACAGCUGAGACCGGGGCACGUGUGUCUGGUGACCUGCCGGAAACAGGUACUACGAGCAUGUUCUCCGGCAUGGCUCCUGCCUCCACGCCGCCAGGGAGCUGUGGGGACCCAGGCUGCUCUAAGGGUACUCCGGGGAUGGAGGCUGCAGCCGCCCUGUGUGGAGAGGGCCCGGCUGGGCCCCUGCAGCUGCAGGCAGAGCAGCAGCCCCGGCCUGAGCUUCCCAGUCCUGCUGGGGACAGGAAGCUGUGUGUCUCCUCACCUCCGGAACCUGAGAAAACUUGGGACCUAAAGCUGCAAAACCUGGUUCCAGAAGCAGUUCACGCUGAAAGAAAGAGCCCCAGGCCUGGCCCAGCCGCCUUACCUUCAAUUCCUGAGAAGGAUGUUGCAGAUGUCACUGGCGAGGUCAUUUCUGAUGAGGCCAGAAGUGCAGGAGGAGCAGAAAGUUCACCUGUCGCAGAUGCUGUCAUCCAGCCAGCUGCCCUUGAAGACCCGGAAAACCCACUCUUAGCUGCCUCUUCCCACCACGGUGAUGUCAGCAGCCAGGUCUCCACGGAUCUGACAGCGCAGAGCACCUCCCCAGCUGCUGCCUGUGCGGAUCUCUCUCCCCCGGCCUCAGAACACGCAUCUUUGCCUUCUGCCCCAGCUGGUGAUGGAGUAGAAGCUUCGACUCCCUCCUGCCAGGGUCUGGUCAAGGGCUUGAGCAGGAGUUCUGAUUCUGAAGAAGCAUUUGAGACCCCAGAGUCCACGACCCCUGUCAAAGCUCCACCAGCCCCACCCCCGCCACCCCCGGAGUUUAUUCCAGAGCCUGAGGUCAGCGCACCGCCUCCCCCCGAAGAACCAGGAUGUGGUGCUGAGGCGGCCUCCGUCCCCGAUGGCCCGCAGAGCAGCUCCGUGGAAGGCAGCCCUUUCCGUCCUCCCACCCACUCCUUCUCUGCCGUCUUCGACGAAGACAAGCCGAUAGCCAGCAGCGGGACUUACAACCUGGACUUUGACAACAUCGAGCUGGUCGAUAACUUCCAGACCUCGGAGCCUCGCUCCUCAGACUCCAAGAAUCAGGAAUGCAAAGUGAACGCGCGGAGGAAGUCCACGGACUCUGUCCCCGCCUCCAGGUCCACGCUGUCCCGCUCUCUCAGCCUGCAGGCUGGGGACUUUGAUGGUGCUUCUUGCUCAGGCAACACUGAGGCCGCGGCCCCGGCCCCCGACGCAUGUAGCACGGCUUCCAGCAGUGCUUCCAAUACUCUUAAGAGAACUAAAAAACCGAGGCCACCUUCCUUAAAAAAGAAACAGACUGUUAAGAAGCCCUCUGAAACUCCCCCAGUGAAAGAGACACAACAAGAGCCAGUGGAGGAGAGUCUAGUCCCCAGUGAGGAGCAGCAAGCAUCGGAGACUAAAGCGGAAUCAGCCCAGCCAGAAAGUUCUGGAACAGCCUUGUCGGGGGAGCCAUCCCUGGAACCUGCUGCUGUGCCCAGGGCUGCCUGCCCUCUGGACUCAGAGGGUGCAGACGGGGCUGUCCCCCCAGCUUCUGGAGGUGGCAGAGUACAGAACUCACCCCCCGUGGGAAGGGAAGCAUUGCCUCUUGCCACGGCCCCAGAGUCCGUGGAGGUGACCCUAUCAGAUAGCGGGGGACAAGAGGACUCCCCAGCCAAAGGGCUCUCAGUGAGGCUGGAGUUUGACUAUUCUGAGGACAAGGGUAGUUGGGACAGUCAACAGGAAAACCCCCCACCCACCAAAAAGAUAGGCAAAAAGCCGGUUGCCAAAAUGCCCCUACGGAGGCCAAAGAUGAAAAAAACACCUGAAAAACUGGACAACACCCCUGCCUCACCUACCAGAUCCCCUGCUGAGCCCAAUGACAUCCCUGUUGCUAAAGGUACCUACACCUUUGAUAUUGACAAGUGGGAUGACCCCAAUUUUAAUCCUUUUUCUUCCACCUCAAAAAUGCAGGAGUCUCCCAAACUGCCCCAACAAUCAUACAGCUUUGACCCAGACGCCUGUGAUGAGUCCAUUGACCCCUUUAAGACGUCCUCUAAGACCCCCAGCUCACCUUCUAAAUCCCCAGCCUCCUUUGAGAUCCCAGCCAGUGCCAUGGAAGCCAACGGAGUGGACGGGGACGGGCUAAACAAACCCGCCAAGAAGAAGAAGACGCCGUUGAAGACUGACACAUUUAGGGUGAAAAAGUCGCCAAAACGGUCUCCUCUCUCUGAUCCACCUUCUCAGGACCCCACUCCAGCGGCUACCCCAGAAACGCCGCCAGUGAUCUCUGCCGUGGUCCACGCGACCGAUGAGGAGAAGCUGGCGGUCACCGGCCAGAAGUGGACGUGCGUGACCGUCGACCUGGAGGCCGACAAGCAGGACUACCCGCAGCCCUCGGACCUGUCCACCUUUGUCAACGAGACCAAAUUCAGUUCACCCACGGAGGAGUUGGAUUACAGAAACUCCUAUGAAAUCGAAUAUAUGGAGAAAAUCGGCUCCUCCUUACCUCAGGACGAUGACGCCCCGAAGAAACAGGCCUUGUACCUUAUGUUUGACACUUCUCAGGAGAGCCCGGUCAAGUCUCCCCCUGUCCGGAUGUCGGAGUCCCCGACGCCAUGUUCAGGGUCAAGUUUUGAGGAGACUGAAGCCCUUGUGAACGCGGGGUCAAAGAUUCAGCAUCCCGUCACACGAGGGAUGGGCCCCAACCAAGAGCCACACUUGCAGGUGCCAGAGAAAUCCUCCCAGAAAGAGCUGGAGGCCAUGGCUUUGGGCACCGCUUCAGAUGCGAUUGAAAUUACAGCUCCUGAGGGCUCCUUUGCCUCUGCUGACGCCCUCCUCAGCAGGCUGGCUCAUCCAGCCUCUCUCUGUGGUGCGCUUGACUAUCUGGAACCCGACUUAGCAGAAAAGAACCCCCCAGUAUUUGCUCAGAAACUUCAGGAGGAGUUAGAAUUUGCCAUCAUGCGGAUAGAAGCCCUGAAGCUGGCCAGGCAGAUUGCCCUGGCUUCCCGCAGCUGCCAGGACACCAAGAGAGAAGCUGCUCACCCAACAGAUGUCUCCAUCUCCAAAACGGCCCUGUACUCCCGCCUCGGGCCUGCCGAGGUGGAGAAACCCGCCAGCCUUCUGUUCCAGCAGCCUGAUUUGGACUCCGCACUGCAGAUCGCCAGAGCAGAGAUCAUAACCAAGGAGAGAGAGGUCUCAGAGUGGAAAGAGAAAUAUGAAGAAAGCCGGCGGGAAGUGAUGGAAAUGAGGAAAAUAGUGGCCGAAUAUGAGAAGACCAUCGCUCAGAUGAUAGAGGACGAACAGAGGGAGAAGUCGGUCUCCCACCAAACGGUCCAGCAGCUGGUCCUGGAGAAGGAGCAAGCCCUAGCUGACCUGAACUCCGUGGAGAAAUCUCUGGCCGAUCUCUUCAGGAGAUACGAGAAGAUGAAGGAGGUCCUGGAAGGCUUCCGCAAGAAUGAAGAGGUGCUGAAGAAAUGUGCACAGGAGUACCUGUCCCGAGUGAAGAAGGAGGAGCAGAGGUACCAGGCCCUGAAGGUGCAUGCAGAGGAGAAGCUGGACAGGGCCAAUGCUGAGAUUGCCCAGGUCCGGGGCAAGGCGCAGCAGGAGCAGGCUGCCUACCAGGCCAGCCUGCGGAAGGAGCAGCUGCGAGUGGAUGCUCUGGAGAGAACGCUGGAGCAGAAGAACAAAGAGAUAGAAGAACUCACCAAGAUUUGUGAUGAACUGAUUGCCAAAAUGGGGAAAAGCUGACUCUGAACCACAUGUGUGGUGUUGACCACUACGUGCAAUAUGACCGUCGGCACACUGCUGUCCUUCGACUUCCAUGGGCAGGUUCUGUUUUCACUCUUUCGUAUGCACUACUGUAUUUCCUUUCUACAUAACGUUGAUUUGAUUGUAUGCAGUACUAAGGAGACUAUCAGAAUUUCUUGCUAUUGGUUUGCAUUUUUCCUAGUAUAAUUCAUAGCAAGUUGACCUCAGAGUUCCUGUAUCAGGGAGAUUGUCUGAUUCUCUAAUAAAAGACAAAUCGCUGACCUUGGCCUUGCCCUUUGUACAUGAGUUCCCAGGGUGAGCGGCUUCUGGAUUUUAUAUGAACAUGUCCAGCUUGCACAGGGACUCUUGCCUUAAGGACUGUAAACUUGAUCUGCAUUUGCUGAUUUGUUUAAAAAAAAAAAGAAAAUGCAUGUUUCAAAUAAAAUUCUCUAUUGUAAAUAAAUUUUUUUCUUUGGAUCUUG